AUGAAUGUACUUAAAAAAGUCGGCGAUUUUCCUCAGGAUUUGUCUGUUGAUGGCGAUAACGAACUGGCCUAUUGGGUAAACUUUGAUGCUGAUACAGGAAAACAAAAAGUCAUGAGCACCUCCUACGGUGGUCACACAAAUGAUUUAAAUAUCACUUUUGAUUCCACGAUUGAAAUAGCUCAUGAUGAACUCUACCUUUUUGUUCUUUUUGUUUCUGAUGUAAUGGUCUACAAAUAUAAGAAAAGCACACUGGAACGUAUGGGAAACAUAACUGUUCCUAUUGGAACGAAAGGAAUCGAUGUUGCAUUUGAUCAAGAUGAAUGUUGUAUUGGCACAUUCUGUCAUGAGCAGUCCACCUGUGUCAAUUCCGUUGCUAACUUCACUUGCACCUGUAACAAUGGAUAUUCUGGAAAUGGAACAUUUUGUAAAGAUAUUGACGAAUGCGCUGAAGAACGUUGUCAUCCGAACGCUACUUGUCAAAACAAUCCUGGAUCUUUUAAAUGUGAUUGCAAUCCAGGCUUCACUGGCAGUGGCGUAGAUUGUGCAGCAACCAACUGCAGUGUUCUGGAAUGCGGACAGAAUCAGGUUUGCGACAACGUGGGCGGGAUAUUUCAGUGUGUCUGUCAUGAUGAUUAUACUGGUGCCGAUUGCAGCGAACUUCUGAAAGCCUCUUGCAAAGCUCGAGGUGAUCCACACUACUCAACAUUUGAUGGAACAACGUACGACUUUAUGGGCGAUUGUGAGUACGUACUGGCCCGACACAAGAGUACGAACCCUCUUUUUGAGAUCAGACAAAAGAAUGAAGUUUGUAACGGAUUUGCGACUUGUACGAAAUCAGUUACUAUAUCCUUACCAAUGUUAACCAUAAAACUUGCCAGAGGUAGUAUUAUGAUUAAUGACAGCGUAGGAGAUCUUGGCACGUAUGGAGGGGUAACUAUUUCAAAACCUUCUGGCAAUAAUAUAUUAGUAACAACUGAUAUUGGGCUAGAAAUUUUCUGGAACAACGCUGCGAACGUGAGAGUUACUGUCCUGGGUAGAUAUAAAAAUCAAACGGAUGGUCUCUGUGGUACAUAUAACGACAUGACAUCAGAUGACUUCAUGACCUGGAAUGGUUCAAUUGUAACUGAUCCAGUAGCGUUUGGUAAUUCUUGGAAAGUUGACCCGAACUGUGAUGAUGCUAGUGUUCAUGCUAAUCCAUGUGAUAAGGAUGCGGUGUUGGCAGCGAGAGCUCGAGAUAACUGUUCAGCUUUGCUUUAUUCUCCUUUCAAUGCCUGUGCAAGCAAAAUAAAUGCGACGGAAGAAGGAUACAUCAAAGACUGUGAAUUUGAUGUCUGUGCCUGUGGUGAUCGUAAUCCUGAUGCCUGUUUGUGUCAAAUCUUAGCUGCUUACGUUUCUGAUUGUGAAUCAGAAGGCGAGAAAAUCAACUGGCUCUCUUUGCCCCAGUACAAUUCCAGUUGCACCUCUCCGUGCGCAAGCUUCCCCUGUUAUAAUGAUGGUACUUGUUCAGAGACCUCUGGGACGUUCACAUGCGACUGUCCUGCUGGUUUUACUGGUCAACGCUGUGAAAUCGAAGUGAAGAGCUGUAAUGACCUCUCUUGCUCAAAAAAUCAA